AUGCUAUCCUCCUUUGAUGAAGAUGACGUCAUCUUGAAUGAAGAAUUGGGCCGCUCAAUUGCAACUGUUGCCUCGAAAAUUCUUCCUCCUCGGUGCGACUUCAACGGCGAAUCCUACAGUGUCAAGUGUGUGUCUGCGCUGCAAAUACCCUCAUCUCUCACUGAGAGAUUCUUAGAACUACUUGAAAAAUGUAUAGGGAAUUUGUAUGUGAAAAUCAAGGGCGCGGGGUGGAAAAGUUCUAAAUUAGAAGAAAUGACAGACCCGGCUCUAGUGUAUUUUUGGUGUGAGCGUGACGCUGAAAUUGCAGCUUUCAUGUCGUUUCGGAUGGUGAGCGAACCGUACGGUCAAAGUCUCUAUUUGUACGAGAUCCAUGUUGAUCCCAGAUAUCAGGGACAAAGUCGGGGAACACAAUUAAUUCAAUGGUUUCAUUUGCUUGCAUACUCCUUGAAUGAAUUGAGCAGGAUUCGUGAAAUUUCCUCUGACCUGGAUAACUUGUGCGACAACUUACGGGAUCAAUUGCAGAAAAAUGGCUGCGAAAUCGAUUCUGCGCAGCUCAUUUGUCUCUCUCGUCUUCCUCAAAGUAUUCAUUUCCAAUCUGCUGGUACAGGUUUGACGGUAUUUGGCGAAAAUGCAGUGGCAUUUCGAUGGUACACAAGCUUGGGAUACUUACUCUCCAGCCAGUCUCCUUGCGAUCGUCUUUUGAGAAAUGGCCGUGUGGUGCGGCCAGAAUACUAUAUUCUCUAUCGUCCACAAGAAUUAGAGGUAUUAAGGUGA